AUGCCCGAGGCCAAGCUCCCCAAUAACGUCGAUGAUGUUACCAGCUGCUCCUCCGCCUCUUCUGCUGAAAGUGCCGCUGACUUGCACAACUACAAUGGGUUCGAUGAACAUACAAAAGCUCGUAUUCAAAAACUAGCAAGAACUUUGACCACAGAAAGUAUGCAAAACUCAACACAAUCGGUGUCUAAUAAGAAUGAAGCUCAAUCCAUCUUCUCCAGCAGUGUGAAAGGUGUUAACCCAAUAUUUUCCGAUCCUGAAGCUCCAGGCUAUGACCCAAGAUUGGAUCCUAACUCUGAAAAUUUUUCUAGUGCCACCUGGGUUAAAAACAUGGCUCGUCUAAGUGCAGAGGACCCUGACUUCUACAAGCCUUAUUCCUUAGGUUGCGCCUGGAAGAACUUGAGUGCAUCAGGUGCUUCCGCGGAUGUUGCCUAUCAAUCUACCGUUCUUAAUGUUCCUUACAAACUGCUGAAAAGUGGUGUGAGAAUGCUGCAACAGUCCAAGGAAGCAAACAAAUUCCAAAUUCUAAAGCCCAUGGACGGUUGUUUGAAUCCAGGCGAAUUACUGGUGGUUUUAGGUAGACCAGGUUCUGGUUGCACCACUUUGUUGAAAUCUAUCUCUUCAAACACUCACGGUUUUGAUCUUGGUGCUGACACUGAAUUAUCUUACAGUGGUUACUCCGGUGACGAUAUCAGGAAGCAUUUCCGUGGUGAAGUCGUCUACAACGCAGAAGCCGAUAUUCAUCUACCUCAUCUAACAGUCUUCGAAACAUUAGUUACAGUGGCAAGAUUAAAAACGCCCCAAAAUCGUAUCAAGGGCGUCGAUAGAGAAAGCUAUGCAAACCAUUUAGCUGAAGUCGCAAUGGCUACAUACGGUCUAUCACAUACUAGAGACACAAAGGUCGGUAACGAUAUUGUUAGAGGUGUCUCCGGUGGUGAAAGAAAGCGUGUUUCCAUCGCUGAAGUUUCCAUUUGCGGGUCCAAAUUUCAAUGCUGGGAUAACGCUACAAGAGGGUUGGAUUCGGCCACCGCUUUAGAAUUUAUUCGUGCCCUGAAGACUCAAGCUGAUAUUUCUAAUACAUCUGCUACUGUCGCUAUCUACCAAUGUUCUCAAGACGCAUACAAUCUAUUUAACAAAGUAUGUGUCUUAGAUGAUGGAUAUCAGAUUUACUAUGGCCCAGGUGAUAAAGCCAAGAAAUAUUUUGAAGAUAUGGGAUAUGUGUGCCCAAAGAGACAAACAACCGCUGACUUUUUGACCUCUGUCACAAGUCCUUCAGAAAGAGUACUAAACAAUGACAUGCUGAAACGAGGCAUUCGUAUUCCACAAACUCCAAAAGAAAUGAAUGAUUACUGGAUAAAAUCUCAAAACUACAAGGAUUUAAUGAAAGAAGUCGACCAACGUUUGGCAAGUAGUGACGAAGCCACUCGUGAAGCUAUCAGGGAAGCACACAUUGCUAAGCAAUCAAACAAGGCAAGACCUUCUUCUCCUUACACCGUCAACUACAUGAUGCAAGUCAAAUACCUGCUGAUAAGAAAUAUGUGGAGACUGCGAAAUAAUAUUGGAUUUACAUUGUUUAUGAUCCUGGGUAAUUCAAGUAUGGCUUUAAUUUUGGGUUCAAUGUUUUAUAAGAUCAUGAAAAAGGGUGAUACAUCUACAUUUUAUUUCCGUGGAUCUGCCAUGUUUUUUGCUAUCCUGUUUAAUGCGUUUUCCUCCCUAUUAGAAAUUUUCUCUUUGUAUGAAGCCAGACCAAUCACUGAAAAGCAUAGAACAUAUUCGCUAUAUCACCCAAGUGCCGAUGCGUUUGCAUCAGUUCUUUCAGAAAUACCUACGAAAUUAAUCAUCGCUACCUGUUUCAAUAUUAUUUUUUAUUUCCUAGUUGACUUCAGAAGAAAUGCUGGAGUUUUCUUUUUCUACUUAUUAAUUAAUAUUGUAGCAGUUUUCUCUAUGUCCCAUUUGUUUAGAUUUGUUGGUUCGUUAACAAAGACGUUCUCAGAGGCUAUGGUUCCCGCUUCCAUGUUGUUACUGGCACUAGCUAUGUAUACCGGUUUCGCCAUUCCAAAGAAGAAGAUUUUACGUUGGUCCAAAUGGAUUUGGUAUAUCAAUCCUCUGGCUUACUUAUUUGAGUCCCUGUUAAUUAACGAGUUCCAUGAUAGGAAGUUCCCAUGUGCUGAAUAUAUUCCUCGUGGUCCGGCUUAUGCUAACAUAACUGGUACUGAAUCUGUCUGCACUGUUGUUGGAUCCAUUCCUGGCCAAGAUUAUGUUCUGGGUGAUGAUUUUAUCAAGGAAAGUUACCAAUAUUAUCACAAAGACAAAUGGCGUGGUUUCGGUAUAGGUAUGGCUUAUGUUGUUUUCUUCUUCUUUGUUUACCUAUUCUUAUGUGAAUACAAUGAGGGUGCCAAACAGAAGGGUGAAAUCUUAGUUUUCCCACGCAGUAUAAUUAAGAAGAUGAAGAAAAGAGGUGAAUUGAAGGAGAAGAAUGUGAGUGACCCUGAGAACGUUGGCGAACCUAGUGAUUUAUCUAGUGAUAGGAAAAUGUUACAAGAAAGUUCUGAAGAGGAAUCUGACACGUAUGGAGAUGUUGGUUUAUCAAAGUCCGAAGCCAUUUUUCACUGGAGAAACCUAUGUUACGAGGUUCAAAUCAAAACUGAAACAAGACGCAUUUUAAACAAUGUUGAUGGUUGGGUCAAGCCAGGAACAUUAACAGCCUUAAUGGGUGCUUCUGGUGCUGGAAAAACUACUUUGUUGGACUGUUUAGCAGAAAGAGUUACCAUGGGUGUUAUUACUGGUGAUAUUUUUGUUGACGGUAUUCCUCGUGAUAAAUCUUUCCCAAGAUCUAUUGGUUAUUGUCAACAACAAGAUUUGCAUUUGAAAACUGCUACUGUUAGAGAAUCACUAAGAUUCUCUGCUUAUUUACGUCAACCUGCCGAAGUUUCCAUUGAAGAAAAAGAUAGAUACGUUGAGGAAGUUAUCAAGAUUCUGGAAAUGGAAAAAUAUGCUGAUGCAGUUGUCGGAAUUGCAGGUGAAGGUUUAAAUGUUGAACAAAGGAAGAGAUUAACUAUCGGUGUUGAACUGACUGCAAAACCAAAGUUAUUGGUCUUUUUGGAUGAACCAACCUCCGGUUUAGAUUCUCAAACCGCUUGGUCAAUCUGUCAAUUGAUGAAAAAACUAGCAAACCACGGUCAAGCAAUUCUAUGUACUAUCCAUCAACCAUCUGCUAUCCUAAUGCAAGAAUUUGAUCGUUUACUAUUUAUGCAACGUGGUGGUAAGACCGUUUAUUUUGGAGAUUUAGGUGAAGGUUGUAAAACUAUGAUUGAUUACUUCGAAAAUCACGGUGCCCAUAAAUGUCCUGAGAAUGCAAACCCAGCCGAAUGGAUGUUAGAAGUUGUUGGUGCUGCUCCCGGUUCUCAUGCGAGCCAAGAUUAUCACGAAGUUUGGAGGAAUUCUGAAGAGUACAAGGCUAUUCAAUCUGAAUUAGAUUGGAUGGAGAAGGAAUUACCAAAGAAGUGCUCUUUGACUUCCUCUGAAGAGCAACAUGAAUUUUCACAAUCAGUUUCUUAUCAAACAAAAUUGGUCAGUGUCCGUCUGUUCCAACAGUAUUGGAGAUCUCCUGAAUACUUAUGGUCCAAAUUCAUUCUAACUGUUUUCAAUCAAUUAUUCAUCGGUUUUACUUUCUUCAAGGCUGGGACUUCACUACAAGGUUUACAGAAUCAAAUGUUAGCUGUGUUUAUGUUUACGGUUAUUUUCAAUCCUAUUUUGCAACAAUAUCUACCUGCUUUCGUUCAACAAAGAGAUUUAUACGAGGCUAGGGAACGUCCAUCAAGAACCUUUUCUUGGAUAUCGUUCAUUUUUGCUCAAAUUUUAGUGGAAGUUCCAUGGAAUAUAUUAGCAGGUACCAUUGCUUAUUUUAUUUACUACUACCCGAUUGGGUUUUACUCAAAUGCGUCAGCCGCUGGCCAGUUGCAUGAAAGAGGUGCUUUGUUUUGGUUAUUCUCUUGUGCUUUCUACGUUUACGUUGGUUCGAUGGGUCUGCUUGUCAUCUCGUUCAACCAAGUUGCAGAAAGUGCUGCUAAUCUAGCAUCUCUAUUGUUUACUAUGUCAUUAUCUUUCUGCGGUGUUAUGACCACCCCUAGUGCGAUGCCCAGAUUUUGGAUAUUUAUGUACAGAGUAUCACCUUUGACUUACUUCAUACAAGCUCUGCUAGCAGUGGGUGUCGCUAAUGUGGACGUUAAAUGUGCUGAUUACGAAUUGUUGAAAUUCACGCCCUCAUCUGGUAUGACAUGUGGACAAUAUAUGGAACCUUAUUUAGAACUAGCCAAGACUGGUUAUUUGACGGAUGAAAAUGCGACUGACUCUUGUAGUUUCUGCCAAAUCUCCACAACCAACGCUUACUUAGCUAAUGUCAAUUCCUACUACAGCGAGAGAUGGAGAAAUUUCGGUAUUUUCAUUUGUUACAUUGCAUUCAAUUAUAUCGCUGGUGUCUUUUUCUACUGGCUUGCAAGAGUGCCUAAAAAGAACGGCAAGCUUUCCAAAAAGUAA